AUGCUGGUGCAGGGACUUCCCAGAGCACUACUAGUAAGUUUCUACCCCCUUCCAGCUACCGCAGCAAAUUCUUAUGGCCCCUUAGACUCCACGCAUGAUGAUCUUUCAUCUGUUCGUGUGACUCGGAGUUUACGUUCGAGUCGAGAUGCGCGUGCCUCUCAACAUGAUGUUAGAGCCCCCAGCAACACUGCUGCUACGGCUGGGAACCACACCAAUCAUUUAAAAAACAACACCAAUCGCCCAUCGCGUAUUAUCACGCUCAGCACUCGUGCUGCUCGAGCUAACACGGCUGCGGAGAAUGCAGCUCGCGAAGCUGCGCUCCGUGAGACUGCAGCGCGUGAAAAUCUAGCGCGUGAAAACACCGCUCGCGAGACCCGUAAUACUCGUACUCGUGCAAGCGCCCAGUUGGCCACUGCCCAGCCUGAAACGCCAGUAAUGGCCGUUCCAGAAACUCCUCGGCACAAGCGCGUCAAGCGAGGCCCGACGGUUGAAGAGACUCCUCGGACUACGAGGCAGUCGGCGAGACUCAGGGCGCAUGUGCAUCCCACAUCGACCGAAGACGGUUCCAACGAUCAGGGUAUCGUCCCAAAGUUUCCAGAGCCGAGUCCUUCUACGAAUGCUGCCCCGAGUAGCAGAACGAGAAAUAGGAGUCGGCAAUUCGCUGAUAAUAUCAUUGACACUACGCACAAUGCUACUGCUGUUGCUGCUGUUGUCAAAUCUCCUUCCCCGGACAGGGCCACACCUGUCCCGGCUGAGCAACCCAAGCCACUGCAAGAUGAGCCUCAGAGCAUUGAACCGGACUUCCAUCCUCCCACGAAGGAAGAGUCACCAAAGGGCACCGUUGUCGACGAAGACAAGAAUGGUGUCACUGAAACGGCAGCCCAUGAGAUUGCUGGUCCUCAGAAUUCAACGCCUACCCCAAGUCCAGAUGCAUCUGAAAAGCCAAAGUCGUCGUCUCAACCAGAAGAUCCUGGUGCGGCUGAGAACGAGAGCGUCUCUGAAUCUCCUAGUAAGAAGCCUAAAGUGGAAGAGGGCGAGUUGGACCACGCAUUACAUCAACAACUGCAGAAUGGCACCGGUGGUAACCCGGAAUCACGGUCCCCCGCUGAGGCUAUGGCCGAAUCCAGAGUCGAUGAAGAAUCUCGCCAGGUGACUGAAGAGAUUGAAGGUUCAACGCCGGAGGUAGCCACGGAGUCCACAGCUGGUAAAGCAACCCGUGGUCGGACACGAGGCCGCGGCCGGGGUGGACGCAGCCGCGGCUCAGCGCGGUUCGCAGUGAACAAACGAGGACGGGGCGCCGCACGCAGCGGUCGUGGUGGUCGCACCGGUCGACAGCUGGAUCGCUCAAGCGAUGUGGAGCCUGACCGCUCCCCUUCACCAAGUGCAGCUACCCAGAAGCUGCGGGACAGGCAGCGAGAGUUGGACAAGGCCUUCAAGAAAGUGGCUGCUGCUCAGCGGCUGGCGCUGGCAGUGCUGGCCACACAGUCUGAGAAGCGACUAGCCCGCGAUAAGAACGCGCACAAGAAUGUGCCAGAGUUUGAAGAAGUUAACUUGCAGUUGAAGGAGAGACUCAAUGGACGGAAGGAGGUUCUACGCCGGGAAUAUGAACUCAAGGUGGCGCAGGAGCACCGACUAUUCGAGGCCAACAAGCAAGCCAUUGAGGAACGGUACCGGGCUCAAGCCCGCAAUAUCCGAGAAGAGCACUUACUGGCUAGUCAGGGGGCGUAUAUGACGUUUGUCGAAGGUCGCCGUGCCGCGGAAGAUGAUGAGCAUACUGAGACUGAUGACUCCGAAACCGAGCCGGAGCGCGGACGAGUGGUACCCCCCGCCAGGGAAGUGUUCAGAGGCUUCAACUCCAACUAUGUUCGAAACCCUUCUGGGGCAGCGCUCUACGACCGUGCUUACUUCGGCUGGGACGACUUCGUUCAACGGGCCAAGGUGGGCGACGACAUCGAUCCGCAGAUGAAGGAGAUCCGAGAUGCAGGUCCCUUUGCGGGCAUGACCGCUGAGCAGAUUCUCGAUAUGUUGGUGAAAGCGACCGGGGUUGUGGAAGUUCCUCGGAACACAAUGCCCGCAGAGAUCAGUCCUCCGGUGGUGCUGCCUGACUUGCGCCCCCGAGCAUUGUCAGCCUUGGCAGAUAUUGCAGCGGCGGAGCCUCCGCGCCCUCCCCUGUCACAAGCUGCUCCACGGCUCUCGACUCAUCGAGCCCUCCUGCCCCAGCCUGCACAGCCGCCAUUGGCCCACGGCCCUGCCGAAACUCGACCAUUUGUGCUGCCUCCUCCAACCCCUCAGAGACAACAGCCCCGUCGUCUUCUUCCAGCGGGGCAACAGAUUCCCCCAAUUAAUGAGCAGCUCGGCCUGCCUGAUCCUUUUGCCUCCAUGGGAGGGCCUCCUCACCUUCCUCCUCCGCCGGGAUCCAACUUUCAUCGACCUCCUCUGCCCGGCUUUAUGACGGGACAUCACCCCCCAAGUCUUUAUUAUCCGCCGCCGCCGCCUCCACCACCUCCGCCAGGGCCCCGACCCCCCUUCUAG